AUGGACCCUAAAACCAGGCUGCGAAAGGCCUGCGAUGCCUGUAGUAUCCGCAAGGUGAAGUGUGAUGCCAGCGGCCCUCCUUGUCGGAGCUGCGCUAGCUUGGAAAUACCAUGCACAUAUGAACGGCCAAGUCGACGCCGUGGACCCCCAAAUCGUCAUGCCGAGGCCUUCAAGAAGCAGAAACUGGAGGUACCGCCUGAUGCCUCGCCGGCUAGUCUGAGUGACGUCCCGCUUGCGACCACUCCUCAAGCCUCGCAGGCAUCAACAUACCGGCCUCCUACAGAGACACCGCCGUCAUCUGCCCCAACUUCGGCGGAAGCUAUUUGCUCCCUGCACACAGUGCAGCUACUCCUUGAUGAUUUUUUUACGUACAUUCAUCCCCUAGUUCCAGUUCCCCAUGAGCCUACUUUUCGAGCUGCCUUUGAGCGCCGAGAAGAUGCUACCAGCGGUACAUUUUUAGCCCUUCUUGCUUCCAUGAUUGGGUUCCUUGUCGCCUCCUUCCCCCGGCGACCCAAAUUAAGACUCAACACCGAAGCGGAGCGUUUCGCGUUCCCGAAUUCCAUCGCCCUAGUCAAGCGGUGCCACGAUGUUGCCAUUCAGGCUCGAGGUACUGGAUACCUUGAUAGAAACGCUACAGUUUACGACGCAGCUAUCAGUUAUUUUCUGGGCGUUUGUGCCGGUUACGUAUACAGCAUGCGCCGCUGUCGCACUUACCUGGCGGAAUGCCGCACCAUGCUACAUGUUUAUGACCUCUGUCGCUCUCCUGCCAACCAUCCUCCUGUCUCUACCAAUCCUGCAUCUUUGCUAGCAAUGAGUCCAAUGUCGGCCACGUCAGGGACUUCGCCAGGAAUGUGCCAGGACAAUUGCCCCCCGAGUUUGACGGAUACCAAAACGGUGGAUCUAAUCACGCAGGAGCUUGGUCGUCGUCUCUUUUAUGUUUCCUUGGUUGGAUACCAGUCUCUACUUCAGCUUGGCUCAUCCAACAUCAAGAUGCAUGUACCUCCAGAAACUCCUACGGAGCGCUAUCCUCCAUUUCCACUCGAAGUGGAUGACGAAUUCCUUUUCCCAGAUCAUGUCAAUCAACAACCCGCUGGUCGAGUGUCACGCCUAGCUGGCUUCAAUGCGAACGUCCGGGUCUUCAGUUCAUACAAUGCCCUGCUGGCCUGGGAGACCGCCUUUGGUAGCGGUCAGAUCUUCAAUUGGGAACACCAGCGCACAAGUCUUUGGGAUUGUCUUCAAAAAGCGAAAUCUGCUCUUUCAGAUGUCCCUGUUGAACUGUCCGUGUUUCAUCCAAAAAAGACUCCUAUGGUCGCCGGAAUGGGUCAAGAUGGCUCAGUAUUUAAUUACCCUGAUGACCUCAUCAAUCAAGAACGACGUGCAAUUCAAUAUGAAAUCCAGAAAGCCAACAUAUACGCCAGUCAACUAUCAACCCGCUCCUGGUUAGUUGAAAAAUAUUGGAAUCUUUUUGAGACGUAUACAAAAUUUGGAAACCCAGCCAAGUCCGUGAUUUUCAACACAACGCCAAACAUCAAUACCGAAUCCUACUCAGAUGCAAAAUCCGAAUCUACUACUGGCAGCAGCUCCUCGGGACAUCAUUCAUGCACUCAUGGGCAUGCCCAGACAGACCACAUUGGUCAGAUGAUGGCCCAAGAGCGUAACUUGGUGAUUAAAGAUCUUUUUGUCCUCCUACGAACCGUCAAUGAAGUCAACAUGGAGCCCAACGGCGCCAGUAUCACUAGCAAAAUUCGUCAAGUAGCAUCAACUCUCCUCAACAUACCCCACAGCUCCAAGCCCAAUCUGUCAUCAAGCACCAUUCCAACUACAGACUUACUAGCUACCCCGACAUCAGUUGAUCAACCGUCAGGCCUUCAUAGCCUUAGUGCUGCCGAAGCAGAGUCCUAUCUACACGCUUUCAUCGAUACCCUCAUCCGUCUUGAAGGACACUCCUCUGCAGCAACUGAUCCCGGUAGCAAUGCUGAGGAUCUUAGCCCGCGAGCUAACGGCCGUGCGAUGAGCUAUCUGAGCGACUACGAACGAGAUCAAGAAGAAUUGAGCCAGUGGGCGAGUUUGAAGGGAUACCAGCAGAAAUUUGCUGAGGCUGCAGAUUUCUUACAUGAAUUGUAA